AUGUCAAGCACGUUCGCCAAAUUUGACAAUGACGCGACGGCAAGAAUGACUUAUGAUGAGGAUGAAAACGAUGAAACAACAGGAGAUGCCAUCAAUUCAAUCAAUGAUUACAAAGGAAUGAGCGAAGUUAACUGCCUAAUCUUCUUUUCGGCUCUGAUGGACACAGCUGGCCUACCGGAGCUGACACCAACGUUGGCCCCAAAUGCUAAAAUCGUUGCAGUUGGGUUUAACGGCACUGACUUAAUGGGGAUUGUCAGAACGAAUGGGACCGCACUCAGCGUACCAUAUGCGUUUUCACCAGAUGACGUUCAGAACGUUGUCCAAGCCGUACUCAGUUAG